CGACAACGGAACAUGAGCGCUGGGAACACUGCUCUCGGAGCAUAGCGCAUCCCUCGCUUUCCAGCUGGGCUCAUCGGUGACAGCUGCAUGCUGCCACACGAUAGACGUCAAAAGCAUAAACCGGAUACCAAUUAUUUUAGUUGUCAAACCAUUAUCAUUGUAUUCUAAAACAACACUUAUGAUAGCCAUUCCAAUGUAUGCUUUUAUCCCGUAAAGUUGUGUCUUAAUUAAAGUUAAAUUUGUUUCGCUUACGAUCGCGUUUUAUACAUUUGAUAUGACCAAUCAUAUCACGGCCACCUCCCACUAACGCGUCGUAACAGUGGCGACUCGGGUGCGCGAGUUUUUGUGUCGUUUUCGCGAGUUUCUGUGAAAAAUCCAAAAUCGCGCCUCCCACGCGGAAAAAGCGCAAGCUCUCAUCGUCUGCAGAGGACGAUUCCGAGAUGUCGAACGGAGAUGCCCAGCAAGCAGCACCGUUUACCACGGAUGCGCUCAUCCUCCAGGUGCUACAGCAGCUUCAGCAGACGCAGCUUGUGACGAACGAGCUCCUCCGUAACCAGCAGCAAUCCCACGAGCAGCAGCGCGUGUUCAUCCAGCAGCAGGAGAACACCCUCCGGAACAUCCAAGUCCAGGUUCCGGCUAACCCAGAAUCGAUUCUGGACUCGUUGGCAUCGAAUGUAAAAGAGUUCCGGUACGAUACCGAGAACAGCAUCACCUUUUCGUCCUGGUUCUCCCGGUACGAGGAGUUGUUCGCCAACGAUGCUGCGCGGCUUGACGACCAAGCUAAGGUUAGGUUGCUGAUGCGAAAGCUCGGCAUCGCAGAGCACGAGCGCUACUGCAGUUUCAUCCUGCCGAAGACAACGAAGGACUUCACCUUCGCAGAAACUGUAGCCAAGUUAAAAGGACUUUUCGGAGCAUCGGAAUCGCUGAUUAGCAAACGCUAUCGCUGCCUCCAGACCGCAAAAAGUUCCGCCGAAGAUUUCGUGACAUACACCUGCCGAAUCAACAAGACGUGCGUCGAGUUCGAGCUGGGAAAUCUUUCGGAGGAACAAUUUAAAGUGUUGAUCUUCGUCUGCGGUUUGACGUCGGAAGCGGAUGCCGAAAUACGGACGCGGUUGCUUGCGCGGAUUGAGGAGAAGAACGACGUUACUCUCGAACAGUUGUCCUCCGAGUGUCAGCGCCUGCUGAACCUUCGGCACGAUACCGCCAUGAUUGAAGCAUCCAGCAACACAGUGAAUGCCAUCAAACAGCGAUUCCGCAAGCAACCACGACCGUGGAAACAGCCGUCCAGUCCGUCGCCGCCGUCGUCGUCCGGCGAAAACAAGAAGAAAGUGCCACCUAGUCCCUGUUGGAAGUGCGGAUCGAUGCACUACGUGCGUGACUGUAGGUACAAAGACUACCAGUGCUCAAUGUGUAAACAGUGUGGACACAAAGAAGGUUAUUGUGAUAGUGACAAAAAGACCCCUAAGAAGCGGGUGAAGAGACGAUUGCGAAAUGUCACAGUAGAGACAAAGACUGUUCAAGUCUCAGUGAAUAAUGUGCGAGGAAGAAGAAAAUUCGUUCCGGUGUUUCUGAACGGUGUCGCGGUUCGACUACAGUUCGACUCGGCGUCGGACAUCACCGUAGUGUCCAGCGAGACCUGGAAGCAGCUCGGACAGCCACCAACCAGACCUCCAUCAGUGAAUGCGAAGACUGCAUCGGGCGAUCCUCUGAACCUGCUGUCGGAGUUCGAUUGCUCGAUCACCGUAAACGAUGUAACGCAAGUGGCUACCAUCUACGUCGUUUCGCAGAAUCUGCACAUCUUGGGUCUGGAUUUGGUGGAGAAGUUCAAUCUGGAUACCGUGCCGAUGAACGUGUUCUGCCGCCAAGUGAACGAUUCCUCUACUCCUAUGGUCGAGCGGCUCAAGACCGUUUAUCCGCAAGUGUUCAGUGCCAGUCUUGGUCGGUGUACCAAAACAACAGUGAAGUUAGACCUCAAGCCAGACCAGCGUCCAGUGUUUCGACCCAAGCGCCCCGUGGCAUACGCCAUGUAUCAAGCCGUCGAUGAGGAACUGGACCGUCUCGAGCGCUUGAAGAUCCUCACUCCCACCGACUACUCUGACUGGGCCGCACCCAUCGUGGUCGUGCGGAAGGCAAGCGGAGCAAUUAGGAUUUGCGGCGAUUACUCGACUGGUUUGAAUGACGCCCUCCAGCCGCACCAAUACCCGUUGCCGUUACCGCAGGACAUUUUCGUCAAACUCGCCAACUGCAAAGUGUUCAGCAUUAUCGACAUGUCGGAGUCGUACCUCCAGGUCCCCGUCGAUGAUUCAACGAGUACGCUCCUCACUAUCAACACCCACCGGGGCCUGUAUAAAGUAAACCGCCUGGCACCCGGAGUGAAAGCUGCACCGGGAGCUUUUCAGCAACUUGUAGACACCAUGCUGGCGGGGCUUGAGCACACUUGCGGUUAUAUCGAUGACGUAAUCGUCGGAGGCAAAGAUGAGGAGGAACAUUGGCGGAACCUCAACGCGCUCUUCCAGCGCCUACAGGAGUUCGGGUUCACGGUUCGCCUGGAGAAGUGUUCGUUUGGGCGUGAACAAAUAAAGUACCUGGCACACAUGCUCGACCAGCACGGAAUUCGCCCCGAUCCAGCGAAAGUAGAGGCCAUCAAGCAGAUGCCGGCGCCCAAAGACGUGUCGGAAGUUCGGUCGUUUCUCGGAGCCGUAAACUUUUACGGGAAAUUCGUACCGCAAAUGCGUGCCCUACGUAGCCCGCUGGAUGAUCUACUGAAAACCGGAGCAAAAUUCGACUGGACGCCACAGUGUCAGCGAGCUUUCGACGAGUUCAAAACCAUCCUUUCCUCGGACCUACUUUUGACUCACUACAAUCCCGAUCUGGACAUAAUCGUGUCAGCCGAUGCAUCAUCAGUCGGCCUGGGAGCGACCAUCAGCCACCGCUUCCCGGAUGGGUCAAUAAAAGUCGUCCAACACGCCUCAAGAGCCUUGGCACCCGCCGAGCGCAACUACAGCCAAACGGAUAGGGAAGGAUUAGCCAUCAUCUACGCGGUAACCAAGUUCCACCGCAUGAUUUUCGGCCGUAAGUUUCUGCUCCAAACUGACCACCAGCCACUACUGCGCAUCUUCGGUAGCAAAAAGGGCAUCCCAGUGUACACCGCGAACCGGCUGCAACGCUGGGCCCUAACGCUAUUGUCCUAUGAUUUCUCCAUGAAGUACGUGGCCACCGAGAAGUUUGGCGACGCCGAUAUCCUUUCUCGCCUUAUCAACCGCCAUGCGAAACCCGACGAAGACUUCGUAAUCGCAUCCGUCACAUUGGAGAGUGAUAUGAGGUCAGUAGUAUUUGAUACUUUUAACGUGUUUCCUUUGAGUUUUAACACAGUACAACAAAGCACCAAAUUGGAUCCGGUGCUCAAGAAGGUCUACCGAUACAUCCACGAUGGCUGGCCAAAAUCCUUGGCUAGUAACGCAGACCGAGAACUUCUUCGCUUCCACAAUUGCCGUGAAUCCCUGUCUACGGUGCAAGGCUGCAUCCUUUUCGGCGAGAGGCUUGUAAUUCCAGCCCCUCUGCGCAAGCGGUGCCUGGAAGUGCUUCACCGGGGCCACCCCGGAAUUCAGCGAAUGAAGGCACUUUCGCGCAGCUACGUCUAUUGGCCGUCGCUCGAUAGUGAAGUCGCCGAUUACGUCAAGGCAUGCUCCCCAUGCGCCCUAACAGCGAAGUCACCCGCAGCAGCCCCACCUGUGCCGUGGCCCAAGCCCGUCCGUCCCUGGCAACGAGUGCAUAUAGACUACGCCGGCCCCGUCGACGGUGACUACUUCCUGCUCGCCGUAGAUUCCCAUUCGAAAUGGCCAGAGAUCAUCCGGACACGUCGUAUCACGGCGUCUGCAACGAUCAGCAUCCUCCGAAGCAUUUUCGCACGCCUGGGGAUGCCGGAAACGCUCGUGUCAGACAACGGCACCCAGUUCACGAGUUCGGAAUUCGCCACGUUCUGCUCAACAAACGGAAUCGACCAUGUAACCACUGCACCGUUCCACCCACAAUCUAACGGGCAGGCCGAACGGUUCGUCGAUACCUUCAAGCGGGCGAUAAAGAAACUCGAAGAAGGGAGAGGUUCAACCGAUGAAGCUUUGGAAACGUUCUUGUUGGCCUACCGAAGUACACCGAACCGAUCAGCACCCGAUGGUCUAUCGCCGUCGGAAAUCAUGUUCGGACGUCGUAUCCGUACAUGCCUCGAACUGCUACGUCCGCCAGCCGAACGUCCUCCACCGGUACCACCACCGGUCGACCCGAAGAAGCCCAGCAUGAGGUCGUUCAACGUCAAUGACCUCGUCUACGUCAAGAUCUACGCCAAAAACGCCUGGAGCUGGAUUCCCGGCAAGAUUGUCGAGCAAGUAGGACAAGUCAUGUUCAACGUACUGACCGAGAAACGUCGCUUGGUUCGAUCCCAUCUGAACCAACUAAGGGGUCGAAUAUCAUCUGGCUUCGAUCAAGAUCAUGGCAUCAACAAACCGUCAGGACAGAAACAACUUCCGCUGAACGUCCUUCUUGAUGCGUGGAACGCGUCACCCCGUUCAAGCAGCGAAGCGACCGCCUCGACUUCGCAUUCAAGCGACACCAUUCGGAUUCCGUCGUUAUCACCACCUUGUCCGGCCGUGGAAUCGGACAUGUCGUCGUCGUCCUCAAGCACUACAUCUUCCAGCUUCGAGUCGGCUGCCGCUAGCACUCCGACCGUACAGCCCAGAAUACUUCGUCGAUCUUCCAGACCGAGAAGACCGCCAGCGAGGUUCAACCAGUACCAACGGUUCUGAAAAGGGGAGAUGUUGCGACAACGGAACAUGAGCGCUGGGAACACUGCUCUCGGAGCAUAGCGCAUCCCUCGCUUUCCAGCUGGGCUCAUCGGUGACAGCUGCAUGCUGCCACACGAUAGACGUCAAAAGCAUAAACCGGAUACCAAUUAUUUUAGUUGUCAAACCAUUAUCAUUGUAUUCUAAAACAACACUUAUGAUAGCCAUUCCAAUGUAUGCUUUUAUCCCGUAAAGUUGUGUCUUAAUUAAAGUUAAAUUUGUUUCGCUUACGAUCGCGUUUUAUACAUUUGAUAUGACCAAUCAUAUCACGGCCACCUCCCACUAACGCGUC